AUUUCUAACAAAAAUACUCGAAAAAUGCCAUAAUUACUUGCCUCAAAAGCUUUGCAUAUGUAGACAACAUCAGAUUAAUUUCCUUGCUCAUAUCUGUUCAAAAAAUUGAGUAGGUUGUAAAAUCUAACAAAGCUUCUGCAUGAUACAGUCAAUCACAUAAAUAUAAUCAUUAUUUAUACAUCACCACUCAAAUCCUUCUCCAGGGUUUCCUCUUUAUAAAGGAGUCCAGAACAUUCAGAGAAAGAAGAAUCCGAUUUUCCAAGAGAGGGUACCUGUGAACUAUCUGACACCAGAGGCUAGGAAAAGAAAGAAAACAGAUCAAUGUCCUCUUCUCACAGACGGCUGCUGGAUCCACACCCAGACUGCAGGCUCUCUGGGUCUCCAUGCUCUCUGUAUUCCCGGCUGCCUGCUCCAGCUGCUGACAGAGCUGCCACCCUCUACAUCUCCAGUGUCAGUAAGAGGAAAGAAGUCUCAGAGCUUCCAGAUCACUUCCUCUUGGAGGGAACUAUUGACCCAGGAGAGAACUGCUCCACCUGCCACCCCACCACACCACUGUUUCCCAUCACACAAGUACCCUUCCCCAGUGCCAUCCUCCUCGCCGUCUUCAAAAUUAACACUGACUCUCCUUUCACACAUUCAGGAAUAACAAUGGCUGCCGUGCCAGAAGGCUUUUGCAUCAACUUCAAGGAAAUGAUAUUUAUUGACAACACACUUUACUUUAUGCCCGAAGAUGAUGGAGACCUGGAAUCCGACCACUUUGGCAGGGAUUGCUCUACAACUGCAGUAAUACGAAAUAUGGAUGACCAAGUUCUCUUCGUUGACAGAAACAAGCAACAACAUGUGUUUGAGGAUAUGACUGAUGCUGACAUAGGGGCUAAUGAGCCCCAGACCAGACUGAUAAUAUUUAUGUAUAAAGAUGAUAAAGUAAGAGGACUGCCUGUAACCCUCUCUGUGAAGGAUACAAAAAUGUUUACCCUCUCCUGUAAGGACAAAAUCAUUUCCUUUAAGGAAAUGGAUCCACCUGAAAAUAUCAAUGCUACAGAAAGUGAUCUCAUAUUCUUUCAGAGAGGUGUUCCAGGACAUGAUAAGAUGCAAUUUGAAUCUUCACUGUAUAAAGGAUACUUUCUAGCUUAUGAAAAGGAUGGUGAUUUGUUCAAACUCAUUUUGAAAAAAAAGGAUGAAAAUGGGGAUAAAUCUGUAAUGUUCACUCUUACUAACUUACGUCGACCUUAGGUAUUAAGUGUUAUUGUGUUCCAGAAAGAUGAUUAGAAUACAUGAGCCUUAGAAUAACCCAUUAUGUGUUGCUGUAACAAAAUACCUGAGGCUGCAUAAUUUAUAAAGUAAGCAGGUUCAUUUGUCUCAUGUGUCUAGCCCAAUUCCUACUUCCUGGUGGAUGGCCCUGACUGCAUUACAACAUGGAAGAUAAAGGGAAAGGGAUUAACUGCUCUUGAAUUAGCACAUGGAUGAGCUUCACUUCAUUCGUCCUGGAGAGAGGCAUUAGUCCUUUCCAAUGCCAGAGCCCUAGUGAUCCAUCAGUAUCUCACCACCUCAAGACGGGGUAUACCAAGUUUCCAGCACACGUAUCACAGCAAAUCUACUCUUGUGGGGGUAAAAUAAAUAUCAGUAAUGGCCUCAA